AUGAUGGACAAUGGUCAACCAGAUUCAAAACGACCAAGGUUAGGACCCAGUCCUGCGACUUGGUCGACUGAGCAGCCCAAUCAACCCAACCCUUCAAGAGCCCUGCCUCCUUUACAAGCUCCAUAUAAUAACGGCCCAUACUCUCGUCCCGACCCUCAUGCCCACCCCCUCGAUGGUAGACGAAUCUCUACCCACCCCAACUUCCAAGAACAUCAAGACCCUCAUCGCCCCAACUCAGGACAUUCGCAUGUCUACCACAACAUACAUAACAACACACAUCCUAUCCCUCCAUAUAAUGGACAUAAUGGACACAACGGUGCUCGAGAAUCCGUCGUGAAGCCAGACCCUUCUGAAGAACCUCCACAACAACGCAGGCCACCACCCAUAACCAAUGGUACAGAGCAUCAUGUAAACCCGGCCUAUGCCGAAGAAAGAGGAAGGCCCUUUCCCCCGAGGUUCGAUCAACCUCCAGCUCCGCAGCAUACUCCGCAGAUGUAUAACAACAACCCUGCUCCUCCCAUGUAUCAGCCUCAACCCCCGCCCCCCUCUACAAGUCCGAUGACUACACCAACAUUCGAUGGGCCCAUGUCAAUGUAUGGUCCACCACAAAACCAUCCCCAUCCUCCACGCGAACAGUAUUCAGUCACACCUUAUUCUCAACCCGCGAAACCUCGGAAAGCGCAACGCGCGGCUCAGGCAUGCGAUAGCUGUCGCAACUUGAAGGCGAAAUGCGACGAAGGGCGGCCGGCUUGUGGUAGUUGUAAAGAGAAGAAUUUCGACUGCCAUUAUCGAGAUCCACCACCCAAACCGAUUGAUAAAGCUUCAACAGACAUCAUCGAGGCCUUACUGCGACUGGAAAACCGCAGCGAGAAAUUAUUCAAAGUUUUGACGGCAGGUUUGGAUACAUUGAACAAACGAGUGAACGAACUGUUGGACAGAGAGAGAGAAAGAGCCGGGCAACCUCUAUCGAGUAUCGAGGGACGCACGAAACAAGAAGGGGGAGAUGAUGUUCAAUUACCUGAUAUUUACCGAUCAUUUCAAGACUCGGAUCCGAAUAUACUUCAUAAUGCCACGCCGAUAGAUACACCGGCGAUAGUCCCAGUUCAGCCACUCGAAGGGUCUACCCCAGGUGUCAUUGAAGAGGAGGAGGAAGGCGAUCCUGUGCCACCUGGGCAACCUUUGAUACCCGUGAAUCAUACGACGGGCGCAGCUAGGCUUUUGCUGGUUUCUUCUAUAAAACAGAUGGUAGACGGAGGCGGAGGUUUACCCAAGACAGUGAGAGACGAGAAAUAUUCUAUAGUGCAAGAAGAGCGACGUGGACUGCUGAGAUUAUUUGGAAGAGGAGAAGGGACCGAUCUGGCUCGGGGCUAUGACCGAGAUCCUAUGACGGAUCACGCCGAUUCUAUAGUCGACACGAAUUCCGAUAUCUCUUCUCCCGCAGGUGAAGAAUGGGGUCAAUUAGGUGGCAUGACUCCACCAUCUAGUGCGCCAGAUUAUCCUCCACCAGUCGUGGGCAGUAUCAUGUCAGAUGGGAUGCCAGAUUUCCGAAAAAGUGUAGUUUUGGACUUAGUCAAAAGCUACAAGGAGCACAUGCAUAUUCUGCAUCCGAUUUUGAUACCAAGGCGACUGGAUGCUCUAGUAGAGUCAUUUCUUAAAUCCAUUCCAUCGGAUUCUGCGAAACCAAAGCAAGUCCAGCAUUUGGCUUCGCAACAUGCUGGUUUUGUCAGUAUGAAACCACCAGAGAGUCCGGGAACGAAACGGAAAAGAUCACCGGGGGUUGGAGAAUCUCCAGAAAUCUCAAUCACCGGUGGUUAUGGUUACGUUAAGCCAGGCCAUCCCAGUCGCUCAAUUAGCACAGCUUUAGUACUGGUGGUAUUAGCCCUAGGCAAGGUUUGUCAAGAAAGAGGAAAAAUUCCCGAACUUCCUUCGGACAAAGACAUCGAGAACAAUUGGGGCCAUAUCAAUUCUCCGAAUGUACGAAAUGGUUUUCCAUCCCCUGUUCAGAGCUCUCCCACUCAAUCUUCGGAACUACCGUCGCCUCAGGAAAAUGCCGAACGAUUUUAUCCCCGCAGCCGGAGGACGUCGAUAGAAGGUGACUACUAUAUGUCAAGAAGUGGCUUCAGACCUCGAAAUGUGGAUGUCAUUCCGGGUCUCGCAUACUUCGCCCUUGCCACGGAUAUUAUUGGAAAUCAACUUGGAGGAAACAGUCUACAGCAUGUUCAUGUAAAUAUUUUAGCUGGUCUUUAUCACGGACAACUUGCAAGGGUGUUGGAAAGUCAUUCCUACAUUCAUCAGGCUUGUCGGGCUUUGCAAGUUAUUUUGAGACCAAAACUGGAUCGCUUCAAAAAGUUGAAGCAAUCCGGGUCAAAGGUGUUGGCUAAGGAUAACCCGCUGGUUUUUGCAUUUUGGACUUGUCUGCAGCUCGAAAGCGAUAUUGUGGCAGAGUUACCAUGUCCACACUCUGGUAUUCUUACAUACGAAGAGAACAUGCCAAGUCCAGACAUAUACGAAGCUGUACAAGACGGUUUCGACGAGGAGGUUAUGGCGAGUUAUCAAGGCCAGCUCUACCUACGCAAGCAUCUUAAUCAAUUACAUAAUAUGUUUUACAACCCCGAAAAUGAAUCCCAAUUUCCUUCUGUUUAUCCCCGCAAAGACACAAACCAGUUUGGAUCAAUAGUCACCGCAGAAGAUUUUUUGUAUCAGUGGAAAGGAGCAGGAGCAACAACUUCCUGGCAUGAAAAUGACCCUCCGGCGACGGACAUUCUCACAGCACGAAUGAGAGCCAAGUACUACGGCGCGCAAGUCAUCACAUACAGGAACUUCAUUUUGAAAAUUUUGGAUCACUCACACGCUGUAUCAAGCUCAAACAUGGUAGAACGUGACCUGGACGAUCUCCGAAAUGGAGUAGAGGUGCCGAGCAUCAAUAAAUGUGCGGCAUCAGGAGCAGAAAUUGAUCAGCAAGCACUGAAUUAUGCGAAGAAAGGUAUCCAGGCACUUGUUAAUAGCACCAGAGCAUUUCAUGGUCUAGGGGAAGGUAGACUGUUGGUCACAAAUCCUUGGGGAACUGCACAUGCUCAAUGGGGCAACGUCCUUACUCUUCAAGCUGCAUGGAAUGACAAUAUUCUCCGACCAUUAUUCGAUGGCAUCCUUGACAAACAACGGCUCGGUGAUCUCCUCAAGAGAACUCUAAGUUUCCUUGGAAUCGUAGCAACGCGUUCCUCAGCCCUCUAUACCGAUAUGAAAAUCCUGGUCAACUCAGGAAAAUACACAGGUCUACUUGAGAGAGACUUUCAGGCACGUCAAGUUCCCACUUUCGCAGCAGGGUUUACUAGCUUCUCUGGUUCCUUCUCGAUAUAA